AUGUUAUGUUUAGAAGAAAAAACAUUGACGCUGAGGAGCGAUGUUGUUCCAAAAACUGCGGAAAACUUCAGGGCGCUUUGCACAGGCGAAAAAGGCUUCGGUUACAAAGGUUCCACUUUCCACAGAGUAAUUCCCAACUUCAUGUGCCAAGGUGGUGACUUUACAAACCAUAACGGCACUGGCGGAAAAUCCAUUUAUGGACAGAAGUUUGCUGAUGAAAACUUUACUUUAAAACAUACUGGCCCUGGAGUCAUGUCAAUGGCUAAUGCUGGACCUGAUACCAAUGGUUCCCAGUUCUUUAUAACCACCGUCAAAACCUCCUGGCUAGACAAUAGACACGUCGUUUUUGGAAGUGUCGUCGAGGGCAUGGAUGUAGUGAAGAAAAUUGAAGCUCUUGGUUCUCAGUCAGGCAAAACUUCCAAAAAGAUUACUGUUGCAGAUUGCGGUCAAUUAUAAGUGUUUUAUUCAAAUAUUUCGAGCUUUGCCGUUUUUUCAAUUUUUUUACUAUAUAACUUUUUG